UUCCAGAACUACCCAUAUUUAUGCAUGAACCCGAUACUGAUGAAUAUAUCGAAGAGAAAGAGCUGAGAAAUGUGGAAGAUGAAAGUGAAAUGACGUCCAUUUCAUUUGCAAGAUUAAGAAAAGAUUCUUACAUUAAAGCAAUUUUAAGUGAUCUUCGUGCUGGUUUACAGAAUACACUUCAAGUUUUUAUCAUUAAUGCUGCAAAUGUGUUUUUGUUAGAGAUAUCACCGGAAAAAGAUUUACUUUUAGAUGAACAGGUUGAUAUGUGUAAAAGAGUUUUGAAUAUCUAUCGCUUUAUGGUAAUGAAUGUUCAAAUGGAGAAAAAGACAUGGGAACAAUUACUAUUAGUUUUGUUGCAGAUAACUUCUCUCGUUUUGAAAGAAAGACCUCCUAUUAGAAAAGACAGUUUGGGUGGAAGACUGGCUCCAGCACUUUUUCAAACAUUGAUUGUUACUUGGAUAAAAGCUAAUCUUAAUGUUAUCAUUUCGUCGGAUCUUUGGGAUCAGUUUCUAUCUGUUUUGUCGUCAUUAACACAGUGGGAAGAAUUAAUUAAAGAGUGGGCAAAAACCAUGGAAACUCUAACUCGUGUGCUAGCUAGACAUGUGUAUAACCUUGAUUUAAAUGAUCUUCCUCUGCAAAGAUUAAGCGAACAAAAGCAAAAGAAGAGAAGAGGAAUUAAAAAUGUACCAACUUCAGCAAGUGGGAAGAGAUCUACUUUCAAUAAAUUGGAAUCAAGUAAAGCUUCGAAUAACGUUGUCACUAAAAAAGAAGAAAAGCUGACUACUCCAUUACCUUCUACUGCACUUGAUGAUGCUUCCAGCUCCGAUAUUCAGGUUUUAUUUUUAGAAAAUUUUAGUUCAUCUGGAGUAACAAGAACAAGAUCUGGAAGUGGAGACAUCAGAAAAUGUAGUACUUCACCUUCUGAUCGAACAACAAUUUCUAGGAGUGCAAGUGAUAGUCAUUUAGCAUAUAGAAAAAAAAAACGUCAUUAUUCAUCUCAUGAUUCUUCAUCAGCUUCACAAAAUCAACUUCGUACAUAUUUUGUUCCAUCAAUAACAGGAAUUCCAGCUGGUAUGGAAGAUGAAGUUUUUAGAAUACUUGCUUCGGCAGAAGAUUAUAUUCAAGAACAUUGCUCACCAAAGGGUAUUUACCAUUGUACAAAAAGCAAGUCGCUUGAUUAUUUAUCGCAGAGAGCCGAAUCACCAUGUCUGUCCGAAUCAUCAGAAUUUAGAAGUAGAUCUCCAUCUCCGACUCCGUCCAGCGGAUUAGAAAAUACAAGCAUUAAAGAUUCCCCAAUGCAAAUUGAAGUGAUGGUUAACAGUUCAGAGAAUUCCUGUAAUACUUCUGGUCUAUCUGAAAAGAGGAAGAAAGAGGUUGGAAACAUUUUGGAACCGAAGAGCGUGAUGGCCGGAGGAACGGGACGCGGUUGGUUACCAGACGUUGCCGUCGUACUGUGGAGGCGCAUGCUCGGUGCCUUAGGAGAUAUAAAUAAAAUUAUUGAUCCUGUUAUCCAUGCUCAAGUUAUGGAAUAUCUUGUUGAAUUAUCUGAUUUGUUAAUAAAGAUAAGAAAUAAUCUCGGAGUGACUGUUGAUAAUCAGAGUAGCCCUCCGCCGUCUGAAUUUGUUCCUCCUCUACAUAUUAUUACAUCCUGGUUGUUUCAGGCAAUUAAUUUACCGGAUGAAUAUCAUCAAGGUAAAAUUCUUGCUUACAAAUUGUUGUGCAUUUUAACUUUACAACGACAAGAUAUACCCUUCUCCAGAGAUUACCUCAUUCAGUUCUAUAAGACACUUCACUAUGGCUUGGUUGGAACUAAUCAGGAAAUUAUAAACACUAUUGUAAAAUAUUGCGGUCCAAAAAUAUUUGCAGUAGGAUUGCCGGGAUGUACGUUACUAUUAUUAGAUUUAAUAUUUGCGGCUAAUACGAUUGCAUCUUCUAACGAAGUGAAAGGAGUUCCACGUACUGAAGCUUUAUCAAUUUUAGGUUCACUCUUGUGUUUUCCUAAUGCAUUCGGUGAUAUGCCCGUUCUUCAGCCUUCUCCGACAGAUCUAGUUUGCAUGAAUUGUACAGAUGUAAAAGAACAUGUUAUAAGUAUUUUGCUUAGAUCAGGAAAACGAGAACCGGCAGGUCUCGCAAGAUGCAUAGCUAUUAGUUCAUUAGGUAUUUUCAUAUAUGAAGAACUGUUGCACAAGACUUCCCAUCCACGCAUCAAAGAAGCUAUAAAUAUACUUUUAACUGCCAUUAGGCUUCCAGUGACCAAUGGUUUUAGAAAAGGAUUAAAUAAAUCACUCAAGUUUAAUAAUAAAUCUGUGGCUCAAGUUUCUUCGGACAUGUUGUUGUUAUUGACCGAUCAUGCGGAUUAUUUCGUGAAGCAGUAUCCUGAUAUUCCUCCAAAAAUAAUAGAGAUUAUAGCAUCGACUCUUGCAUCUUUAUUACCGUGUUUGGAAAACUCGCCUUCGGAUGACGACAAAAAGUUACUGUUAUCGUUGAUAUUCUGUUUAGGAGAAUGGUGCUUGCAUUUACCACAAAAUAUUUUAACCCAACUGGGAAAAAAUAAUAAUUCACUUUUGUUAUCAGUCUUCAAAGUACUGAAUACUGCAGUCUCAGGGAAAAGUGACAUACAAAAAGCUGCACCGAUAACGAGUAUGACGGACUUGGUCGGACCGGACGUGGAUCCCAACAUUCAUUAUGAUAACUUGAAAGAGCACGUUGGCAUUGCCAAUUCGCCUAAGUUGUCAUCUGCAAAUAAUAUGGAAAAGUCGUCCAUGGAGAGUUUUAUUAAAACUUGUACGCUUCCGAUGGACAUGAAAAGAAACUCUAAUAUAAUAAAAUUGGCCGCUAAAGUCGUGAUGUCGCAUUUAGUUAAUCACUUGGGACACUUUCCAAUGGGAGUUGGUGCCGCUCGUCUGACAAGUCUGGUCAACGAGGCUGACGACGUUCCCUUGUUGACAAGAGACGAGCUGUCAACAGAAGUUUUCCAUGCUCCGAAUAUUCAGUUCUUUGUUUUAAACAGCUCCAUAAUAUCAUUUGUCGAAAUUCCCUGUGUGGAAGUGCCUGGAGGUGGUCCAACUUCCGAUCUAAUUACUGGAAGAUCCCAGGUGAGAAUUAUAGUUCGAGAUCUCAGUGGGAAAUUUUCUUGGGAUUGUUCUGUUUUGUACGGUCCACCUGAUUGUCAAGCUGCUUCCGUUUUACCAGAUCAGUCUGUUAGUAUAUCUGUGAAUAAUUUCUUAAAUCCCCGUGCUGGACUGCCCUAUCACAGUCUGUCAUCUUCUUCGUUGAGCCUGACAGGGAUGUCUGCCUCACCGUCUUGCGAUACUCUGAGACACCGUUCUCCGCAUGAGCUGCCCACAGUGGAAAACAGUGCCGAUGACCUGGAUAACUUGGAUGAUUUGUUGCAGUAUAUCGAUCAUUCUAGUCCGGAAUGUGUCUUGCGGCCAGGACAGCCACUGAAUACACCUGCUCCACUUUUUGGAGAGGGCACCACUGAAAAAGAAGUUGACACCAUGACGGUCGUAUUAAAUCAGAGAAAUUUUGAAAUGACUCACAAUCAGAAGCAUUCCAUAGAUUCAAGUACUAUGGCAAAACCAGCAAUUCCACCAGGACAAUGCAAAAACAUCUCUCCAUUUCAACAUUGCAGGUUGUUGUUAGAGCAGUUAGGAUUUAUAUCGUGGGAAAAAAGGCCGCAUUUCGAUCUGUUAAAAAAGAACGAGAAGCUGUUGAGAGAAUUGAGAAAUUUGGAUAAUCAGAAAUGUCGCGAAACACACAAAAUAGCUGUGAUAUAUGUUGCCGAAGGUCAGGAAGACAAAAACUCUCUUCUUCUGAACAGUGGAGGAAGUCAGGCAUUUGAAGAAUUUGUGGCUGGCUUAGGUUGGGAGGUUGACUUGGAAACCCAUACUGGUUUUAUGGGUGGUUUACAGAGAAACAAAAGUACAGGCGACAGCGCUCCUUACUAUGCAACUUCUUUUCUGGAAGUGAUCUUUCAUGUAUCGACUCGAAUGCCAACGUCGAUGGAUGAAACCUUGAUCACAAGAAAGUUGUGUCAUCUCGGUAAUGAUGAAGUGCACAUUGUCUGGUCGGAACACACGAGAGAUUACAGACGUGGCAUCAUAGCCACUGAAUUUUGUGACGUUCUGAUUGUCAUCUAUCCGUUACCAAAUCAACUAUAUAGAAUUCAGAUAUCCAGAAAACCAGAAAUUCCUUAUUUUGGACCUCUUUUCAAUGGUGCUAUAAUUGAUCAAAAAGUACUCUCCGGUCUGGUACGUGCAACCGCUAUUAAUGCUAGUAGAGCAAAACGUGCAUUAAUACCACUAUAUCAAAAUUUUUAUGAAGAAAGAUCCAGAUCAUUAGAAACGAUUGUGCAGAACCAUAAAGAUCCAACAACUUUCGAGCAGUUUGCUUCUUGCGUGUACUGUCCCGCUCCCAUCAAGAUGCAUUUACGCAAUAGAGAAAUGGAUAAUUCCAUUCAUGGAGCAGAUUACUUUGCUCAUGGCACUUCAAACUUGGCAGCAGCCCUUCUUGACUCUCAUGGGAAAAGUUCCAGUUACAGUCCAAACAUAAGAAACAGACCCAUGAGUCUUUCUUCUGAGAGACCUCUUUCUGGUUCGCACUCCGAUUCUUCGCCGACAUUCCCUUCGGACAAAGUGACGCAUUAGUCCACUGUUUCCUCGUAUACAAAAAGAAAUUUUAGUUAACAUAAAUGCUAUUUUUUGACGACAAGUGCAAUUGUUAAAAACAAAACUGUUCGUACCAGAGAGAAAUAAUCAAGUUAUUGAAGUUGAAAAUUAUGAUAGAAGAUAUCUAUCGGGUACAAAUUAAUAAUAUUAAUCUCGACGAAACAUAAGUGGUCUUCGUAAGUGUUUCAACUCUCGCAUCGUCUGGCAACGUACUUACCGAGGUUGUUAUUUGAAUGUUUUAUGAAUUUUUACGCUUCCAUUCUGAAUAUAUGUAUAUAAAUCAGUUACAAAUUUACAAAAUUAUUUGUACAUAAUGUAGUUAAAAGAAUGAGGUAUUUGUAAAAUCACAAACGUUUUCAUUCAAAAGGAAAUUAUAUCGAUCAUCCAUAUUAUUAAAUUACAGUUCAUCUUUCUUCCCCAUUAAUAAAUUGCACAAAACAGAGUUACCUGUACGAAAAUCAAAUCCCCAUAAAUUAGAAUGCGGACGUAAGGUUUCGUAAUCGACAUUUGAUUCUUUUUUAAUUUAAUAAUUUAUCCAAAAAGAAUUAGUUUUUUAGUUUUGAGAAAAGCAAGUCUGAAAUAAGUCAAUUUUUUUUUUUCUCUUUUCCCUUUUCCUCCACGGACGACAAAAGCUGUACAUAAAUAUUUUUCUUAAAUCUUGCACUGAAUCCCAAAUCCCGCCAACUAUAAAAUAAGCUUAAUCCUGUUGAAAGGUUGUUGUGUUGCUUAUUUACAAAAAAAAAAAAAGAAAAGAAAAGACCUUUAUGAUUGUGAUAUAUAGUUUUUAUAAAAA